GAAGAAUCAGGUCAUGAAUGCAGAAAUGGCGGAAAGGCGAUACAUUGUUUUCUCUUAAUUAUCGCCAUUUUAGAGAUUUCAGAGAUAUUUUGGGAGAACUUUUACGCACAGUUAUCCAGACCUCACAUGAAGCACUGUUGAUGAUGACUGUGAUGUUUACAAUUACUGUGACACUGCCAUUUAAGUGACCUGCAGUAAAGGCAACACGUGUGCCUGCUCAGCCAGGAAAAGACAUUCAUCAGAUAAAGACGGCAGGACCUACCUGUUGCAGGAUGUCAUACAAAGCGAUCAACACUUGUUUCCUGUGCAAGGUUCGAUGUCGUCUUCUUGAAGUUUUUGUGAUUCUCCUCUACCAGAGUCUUUUAUCUUUGUCCAGUGCAAACAUGACGAAAGAUGGCAUUGUGAUGUGUGAAGUUACUGCGGUGGAGCCGUUGUCCAAUACUACACUCACCUGUAGCUUUCCUGAGAAUGUUAGUGACACACAUAGGAUUACCUCUGUCAUCUUCAGCAAAAAAGAGAGAGGCGAAGUCGACAUUUUGGACUGUUGGUGGAUGUCGGGAAAUAUGAGCUGUGAAGUAGUGUCUGGAUACACGUUCAACAUGAAUAUUUCUCACAAACUCUCUGUGGAGAUUCCUCGAACUUCUGCAGAAUACAUUGGAAUGUACUAUUGUACACUUUCCAACAUGGAUUACAAGGCCAUUCGCCCCUGUGAACUGAAGAUUAAGCUAGAAGGAAAAACAAUGUGUGACAUCCCAUCCGUACCACAGAAGUCAAAAACGUCCUUGACUUGCUACUUCCCGAAGGACCUCAACAAGACCAGAACAGACUUUAGUGUUGAUCGUUACUCCAACCAAGGUGUUACAGAAAACGUGAUGUAUUGUCACUGGAAAGGCGAGGGUUUGAACUGUAACACUGUCCGCGGUUACCAGUUUGACCACAGGGUGAGCGAUCACCUGACUCUCAAGGUCCCCAGCGCCUCGGAGGAUCAUGAAGGGACAUACAGAUGUUCGAUUAAUGGGAAUAAGUCAAUUACUUAUCAAAACUGCUCCUUUGCACUUAAGAAAGAAAUGAUCUCGUCUAACAAUUCUGCAAGCUUCAAUGAGAAAGAUUCCAUAGAACUGGCAUGCAGAUUUAAGGGUGAAAAUAUUCAAAACAGAAUCAGAUGGGACUUCAGUGCAGUUCGUCUUGAUAACGAAGGAGGCAAUAGUACUGAUGUCCUAAGCUGCACGUGGAAAAAUGACAGCGUGGUCUGGAUCCCAGCCCCAGACUACGACUUCAAGCACUUUCUUGUCACAGUACCACGUGACACGGAGGAACACAACGGAGACUACCUUUGUUACCUGAAUCCUUCAUCUAACAUCUCAACACUCAGUCGUUGCAAACAUUCCAGCAAUACAGAUGAAACAACAGGGCUGGCAGUCAGUAUCACACUCUUUCUAGUUGCAGUCGUCAUCGCAUUGGUUAUUCUUACAGUGUUCCGUGUUUUAAAGCAUAAAUGCAGACAAAGAGACAACAAAAGAGAGCGAGAUGAAAGGGGUAACAAAGAAGAUGGUAGUGAAACAGUUGAAGAGCAGUUGCUCCCCAGCAUUACUGGUCAACAUGAUGGAGGACAGUCAGAUGAACAAGCAGAGGAUGAAGCUUACGAGCAGCAGUUAGACACAGCAGUUUAGUUUAUUGCUGAGACAGGUUGUGCGAAUUUGGGAGGCCUACUGUGGUCUUUAGAACAAAUAGUAUUGAUAUAAUCUUGUUCUGUAAAAUAAAGACUCCAAAACACUUCUAAUGUCACAGUGUAGUGUAGCAAUAUGCUGGUGCUGUACUACAGUCAUGUCUCAUCGCCUUAGUGAACACGCCAGUGUUUGAAGAAGGUGAGCAGGGUGGGAACUGCAGUGAAAUAAUGACUGGCCUAUCCCACAAUGACAUGGUGUUGGUGACUCAUAAAGGCCAUGCUUGUAGUCUGGAGAGAAAUGUUACCACAACUUUUUUUCAACAGGGUCAUAGUAACUGCUACAUCUCAUUUCACAACAUAUCAUUGCCUCCAUUUCAGAUUACAAUGAAAGAACAUAUGAAUCCUCAUUUUAUAUGAUGUAGCCUUAGGUCUUCAUUGUCUGUUGCAUAAAAUGCUAUCUUUGAUGAUUUUCCUUUACAGACUCAUUCAAUCACUACAUAAUAGGGAAAUUGUUCCAUUUUUUAAAGACAAAAGGCACAAUUAUCAGUCUUGUUAAGUAUAAAUAUUCUUAUUUUUGUAUAACUUUAUAGCUGUUUAAUUAAUUCUUAUUAACUCACACAUAGCCACAUGCUGAAAAAGACAAACAAGAUAACACUAAAUAGGUAAGUUAUACAUAUCAUGUUAACAUGUUUAGGAAGUAGCAGAACGAGGUAUGUCUACUUUUUUAUGACCCGAGUAAGCAAUGAAGAAUCUAGAGACAAGUUUAACAGUGUGCUAUGGGAUUAUUGGCAGUAGAAAUCUCAUGAAGGUAUUCUAUAGCUCCUUUAAAAACACUAGGAGUGUAAUAUAUGUUCUGAUUAAACUACAUGUGUAAGUGGGUCUAAUAUUGCAGCAGGGAAAAUGGAGAAUGGAGAAGCACAGAAACUGAUGCCAGUAUUUAAUAGUUUAUAUUUAAUAAUUGUAAUUACUAGUCUCAUAGUAAACGAAUUGUUGAAUUAUU